AUGCCAAGACAAGCGCCCAAAGCCAACAUUAAACCAGCAAACAUGUUUGACGACAGAGUUGUCAGACUAACAAAGACAGUCAAGCCGCAGAGCAUGCCAAAGCCUGUUUCUGGCGUCUCCUCUUCUAUUCUCUACAAUGAAGAUACUGGCGUACUGAAAGUUCUUAAGUUCCAAAAGGGAUUUGGUAAAGCAGUAAGAAUGGCCAGAGAGGGAAAAAAACUUUCGCAAAAGGACCUUGCCACAAAAAUAAGCAAGCCAGUCCAAACAAUUGCAGCAAUUGAAAAAGAUGAUGCAAUAUUUGAUAAACUCAUUUUUCAAAGACUAGAAAAGGCCCUAGAGACAAAGUUUGAUGCAAUGUUCUCUGUUGGUAAAUAAAAAUCAAAAUAUGAA